AUGUCCGCAGUUCAGGUACUGGUGAGUCAAUUGAUGCUGAAUUGCCUUGCUAAGGUGAGAACAGAGAAUCAGCAUUUGAAAGAAGCAGGAUGCUAAUCCCAGCAAUUGUUGGAUUAACUGUAAAGUGAAAUAAUUUCAGGUGGUUUCAACCAAUAGUUGACAAUGGAUAUUUGAUGUUGGCAGCAAUCUCAGAACAUCAUUCUCCCUGUUUCCUGGUAUAAACUGUAUAAAUACCAGCAAUGCUUCCAGAGGUUCUUCAUCCUUCUCUUUAUUGAGCCUUUUCCUUCCAUUAGUAUUGAGGGUGCAGCAAAUCUUCAAUCAUGAAGACACUUUACGUUCUCUUUACUGUUGCCUUCUUGGUCUUCCAGGUUCGGUCCAAUCCCAAACCACCCUCCAAGGUUGAAGGGGAAGCCAAGGAGUUUCGCGAGUCUCGUGCUUAUAAAGAUGAUGGUAAGUUGGGCUGAAGAACAACAUUUCAAUGUAUCUAUGUGGGGUUCAUUGUCUGUUAGUUUGGUUGUAAGUUGCCUUGGGUUGUCCCAAGCAAGAUGACGUGAUGGACUAAUUUAAUUUAUAAAUUAACCCCCUGUAGUUAUUGAGAGGUGAGAAAGAAUUCUACAAUCCCACUUGGAUGUGCAACCCUAGGUUAGCUCAGCAAUGGGGUUGCAUAAAGAGAAUUCUUGAGACUUACAAGCUCUAGCUGCCAUGGACUUUCCAGCCUCGCAGGAAGGACCUAGGCAAACUGGUUCAUUGCCCAGCUCAUACUGGGAUGAGGGAAUGCAUUCAGGUUCAUUAUUUACUGAGCUGGACAGGACUGUGUGUUUUAGAACCUUUCCCCUGAUUUUCCUUCAAUGGCUGGGGUGGGAAGUUUUUUCCCCAGAUUCCUUUAGGGGCAAUCUGUCAGAAGUUGCAUUGUGGCAGUGGCUGAGAAUAGACUCAAAAGUGAGCGAGGCAUUCCCUCUCUCUGUGACGCCCUUUUCUCUAUCUCCCACCCCUUCUCUCUUUAUCUCCUCCACCAUUUGUUUGUUUCACUCCUCCCCUGCCAGUUUCUGAGGCCCCUGGAGUGCAAAUUGCUCGACGCUACUUUAGGGCACGGCUUAAAACUCACCCUCCCCAUUCCUUUUUUGGGAGGUGGGGAAUUGCUGAAAACAUUUUCUGCUUAAGUUACCCUCAAUGUUAUCUUCUGUAAGACGUAAGACAGGCAUAGGCAAACUCGGCCCUCCCAAUGUUUUGGGACUACAACUCCCAUCAUCCCUAGCUAGCAGGACCACUGGUCAGGGAUGAUGGGAAUUAUAGUCCCAAAACCUCUGGAGGGCUGAGUUUGCCUAUGCCUGAAGUAAGAUGUUCAAAGAGGCAUGCUUUUCAUGCAUCUGCACCUUCAUAUUUCUCUCUGGGAAUUUGUGUGCUUAAUGCUGCAGCCCUGCAGCCAUUUAUCUGGUAAUAAGAAUGAGGGAGAGAUUCUAUUCAGUUUGCACUCCAGCCAUUGUUUGAAAUUCGCCCCUUCUGUGAAUUUUGCAAGGUGGUUCCCAGCUCAAUGGUGUGUACGAAAAUGCAUAUGUAUUUUCUACUGAAAUCUGCCCUUCAAGAAGUCCUUUGCUCUUCGAGAGCUCUUCAAAUAUUUUGAAGAAUGCUGCCCUUUCUUUCUUUUUAUAUGCAGGCCCUGGGCUGAACCCAGAACCAAAGGAUUCUUCACGGUUUCAGGUGGUUCUGUGCUCUGACAACGAUGGCUAUUGCCUGCCACGUGACUUCCAGUGUCACAAUGGCUUGGCGUUCAAGGAACCAUGGAACGACUGCCCGUUUUCUGAUGUUCUGAAGUGCUGCGUGCGCUGA